GAGAAGAAAGGCAAAUGGACCAAGGAAGAGGAGGAGAUGCUGAUUCGCAUGCGUGGGAGUGGCAUGAAAUGGGUCGAGAUUUCGGACCGUAACCCAGGCCGCAGCCCGACGGCGUGUCGCCUUCGGUACCAGAACUACACGGAGAAGAAAGAAUGGGCCGAGGAUGAGAAAGACAUGCUGGCGCGCAUGUAUCAUCGGUUCAUGGAAGACAUGUGGAAACGCAUUGGCAACGAGAUGUGCCGGCCGUGGCGAUCAUGCGAGCGCAUGCACUGGCAGCUGGGCGAGGAAGAGAUGCUGCGCCGGGCCAACGUGCAAUAUAGGAGCACGACGGGCGGCGUGGGCGCGACGACCAUGGCCAGCACCGAGCCGGCGUCAUUCCCGGCCUCGCCGAACCGCGACGCCGACUCCUACCACGCCUACCACGAGCAGCACCACCACCAUCACCACCAUCACCGCCAGACGCUCGAAGAGGACGACGACCUCGACCAGGAGCGCCACCAACAACACCUCCACCACCACCACCAUCACGCCCAGGCGCACCAUCACCAACAUCAGCAGCACCA